UAAUUUGCGCACUUUUUACAAAUGUUGCGUUAUUUUCGAUUCAAUAAAUAAAAAGUUAGGUGGUCAUUGUGGUGUUUUAUUUUUUGUGCGGUUGGCUCGAUUUACUUUACAUGCGCAACGGAAGUGCUCAAGUCGGCCAUUUUGCGUAAAAGUGUUGCAGACAAUGGCAGGGCGACUCUUGUGCAUGCGGGCGCUGCCCGUCCAAAAGACACUCGGGAGGGCUUCAAUGAGCGACAUCCGAUCCAUUAUUGGAAACAGGGAAAUCGUUGGAUUUGGAUUCAACGGCCAACCUACUUACGCCGACCGCGUGGAUUUCCCCAUGCCCGCCAUCCGAUGGAAGGAAACCACCCCCGAUAUUCAAGCUUUGCGUGAGAAAGAAAAGGGUGAUUGGCGCAAAUUGACCAUUGAAGAGAAGAAAGCCCUCUACAGGGCGUCGUUCUGCCAGACCUUUGCCGAAAUGAAGGCGCCAACUGGUGAAUGGAAAUCUAUUGUGGGGAUUGCCUUUGUCUUCGUAGCGUUGGGUUUGUGGGGCUUCUACGGGAUGAAAACAUUUGUGUACGCUCCUCUGCCUGAGAGUUUCAACGAAGAAAACAGGAAAGCGCAGCUCAGGCGUAUCAUUGACUUGCAGAUUAAUCCAAUCCAGGGAAUUUCUUCUAAAUGGGACUACGAAAAGGAUGAAUGGAAGAAAUAAAUUAACUUAAAUUUAAAAUAAUUUGAAUGGAUUUUUUGUUGACAGCCCAAGAAUUCAUUCAUUUGUAUUAUAGUAAAUUUAGCUCCGAAAUUAUUACAAAUAUGGUGUAAUAAAACUGUUCUUUUUA